AUUUUUUCUUCUUCCUUUUCUCCCACCCUCUCCCAGUCACUACUAUGGCCGUUGACAAGAGCCAGUCUCCUCGCAUCGAUGAGGCUCCUCUCCCUGUCGGUCGCGAGUCGUCUUCUGAGCCAUCACGCGAGGAUCAAGACCAACAGGAUGGUGUGCGGGUGGCAGAGGCGGUCACUGCCGUGUGGUCCAAGAAGGCUCUUUACUUUUCCUAUGGAUGCAUGUGGAUGCUGUACUUUGUGAGCGGGCUGAACAACAACUUGACCGCCAACCUCUCGGCCUACAUCACCAGUGACUUUGAGGCACACUCUCUGCUGACCGUGAUCAGCGUCGUGACGAGUGUCAUGGGUGCGGCAUGCUUGUUGCCCAUUGCCAAGGUUCUGAACCUCUGGGAUCGGACAGUCGGUCUGGGGGUCAUGGUUCUGAUUGCCAUGAUGGGUCUGAUCAUGAUGGCGGGCUGCAACAACAUUGCGACCUACUGUGCUGCACAAGCCUUCUACACGGUCGGCUUCACCGGCGUGAUCUUCUGCGUGGACGUCCUCACCUCCGACACCUCCUCGCUGCGCAACCGUGGUAUCGCUUACGGCUUCACCUCGUCACCCUAUAUCAUCACCGCAUUUGCUGGAGCCCCGCUCUCAAACCAGUUCCAUGAGACCAACUGGCGCUGGGCGUACGGUACCGUCUGUAUCCUCCUGCCCAUCGUCGCCCUCCCACUCAUCGUGACAUGGGAGAUGGCCAAGCGCAAAGCCGACCAACAGGGUCGGCUGCAGUACAAGCCUCGCAGCACGCGCACCUGGUGGCAAAGCAUCUGGUUCUACGUGGUUGAGUUUGAUGUGGGCGGCAUUAUCCUCAUGAUCGGCGGCCUAAUCCUCUUCCUGACCUCCUUCAACAUUGCCGGCAACACCGAACAAGAAUGGAAAUCACCCAAGAUCAUCGCCAUGAUGGUCGUCGGUUUCUGCGUGCUGGUCGGAUUCGUGGUCUACGAGCGCUGGGGCGCCCCGAAGCCGUUCAUCCCGUACCACCUCCUCACCAACCGCACGGUGAUCGGCGCCUGCCUGCUGAGCACGACCUACCAGGUCUCGUACUACUGCUGGGCGAGCUACUACACCUCGUUCCUGCAGGUGGUGUACAACACCAGCCUGACGCAAGCGGGCUACAUCUCCUCGAUCUUCGACCUGAUGGACCCGAUCUGGCUGAUCGGCUGCGGAUAUUUGAUCCGCCUCACGGGACGGUUCAAAUGGCUGCUGCUGGGGGCGGUGCCUCUGUACCUGCUGGCCAGCGGGCUGAUGAUCUACUUCCGCACCCCGGGUCACUCCGUCGGGUACAUGUGCAUGUGCCAGAUCUUUCUGGCGGUGGGUGGCGGGACGCUGAUUCUGAUCGAGCAGGUCGCCGUGCUGGCUGCUUCGUCCCACGAGGAGUACGCCGGCAUGUUGGCGCUGCUGAGUACCUUUGGAAAUAUCGGUGGUGCGGUCGGAAGCAGUGUUUCCGGGGCCAUCUGGACCAACACUCUUCCCCAGAAGCUGCGCGCCUACCUCCCUGCGGAUACGGUGGAUCGGUGGGAGGAGAUCUAUGAGGAUCUGGAUGUCCAGCUCAGCUUCCCCGUGGGGUCUGAGACCCGCAUCGCUAUCCAGAAUGCCUACGCCUCGAGUCAGCGCAAUAUGAUGAUCGCGGGAACGGCGCUGAUGGGGCUGUCGAUUGUCUGGGUCCUGAUGAUCAAGAAUAUCAAGAUCAAGGACAACAAGGAUGUUGGCAAGGUGCUGCUCUGAGGUGGUAGCGAGGGAAUGAGUAGGGGUGGCGCUAUGAGGGAGGAUCUCGUUCGCUGCGUUCCCAAGGUAUAAUCUAAUGUUUCUUGAGCUAAGCAAGCGCCUCCCAGAAGGUCGCCUUGUCUUGCUUCAACACUGCAAUAUAACAUCUUG